AUGUCUCCCGGAUCUACUCAUCUGACCUAUCAGUCUGAUCGGUGUGACUUUAUAGUGCUGCUGUCCUGGGGCUGUGACUCGGCCAGCGGACAGGGGUCCAGGUCAGCCCCGCAGAGCGCCCAGCCAGAGGGAAGAGACAUCAGUGUUGCUUCCUGCCCGACGCCCCAUCGCUCCCCACUAGCCCCAUGUGCUGGCUCCAGGAUGGCUGUGAGGGAGGCCCUGGUGCCUGGGAGGCUCCCUGACCUGCACCUCUGGCUCAGGCUGCUUCUGUUGCUCUGUGGGGGGUGUCAGGUGGGGCACACCCAAGCCCAUGGUCCCCCACAAGUGGUGGUUCCCCACAGGGUAACGGGCCCUGACAGAGGCGGGAGCCCCAUGGACUGGCUCUCUUAUAACCUGCACUUUGAGGGCCAGAGACGCGUCAUCCACCUGAGAGCCCAGAAGCAUCUGCUGGCCAGACACAUGCCGGUGUUCAGCUACACGGAGCAGGGCGCACUCCUGGAGGAUCACCCUUCCCUCCAGAGUGACUGCUACCAUCGCGGCUAUGUGGAGGGGGACCAGGAGUCCCUUGUUGUCCUCAGCACCUGUUUCGGGGGCCUCAGGGGAGUCAUACAGACCAAUGACAUCAUUUAUGAAAUUGAGCCCAAGGAACAUUCUACCACAUUUGAACACUUGGUGCACAAGUUGGACAGUGAGGAGACAGUCCCUCCCAUGAAAUGUGGAGUAACAGUUGAGGAAAUCGCACGCCAGCUCAAGUUUCAGGAGGGCAGGGAUGCCACCCUGAUGCAGAGCGGCUAUAAAGGGUGGUUGACUCACAGGCAAUUUAUUGAGGUGGCGGUGGUGGUAGACCACAAUCGCUAUGUGCAUAACAAGCGUAAUAUCUCAAAGGUGUACAUAGAAAUGUGCAUUAUUAUGAAUUACGUCAAUGUCUUUUACACAGCACUGCAAGUUGAAGUAACUUUAAUGGGUGUUGAGGUCUGGACAAAAUCAAACCUCAUUGUUGGAGACGACAUUAAACAGUUCUUAAGUGAUUUCUGCAAAUGGAAGACACAAAGCCUUUCAGCCCGCUUGAUACACGAUUCUGCACACAUUGUGAUUAAGAAAGACUUUACAGAUUAUCGUGGCUAUGCAUAUAUAGGGUCAAUAUGUGGCCACUCGAUUAAUUGUGCAGUUGUGGCUGCCAUUGAUGAACAACUGUCUGUGAUUGGACACUACCUGGCCCAUGAGCUAGGCCAUAAUAUAGGAAUGCUUCACAAUGAACCCCCCUGUACCUGUGGAGAACAGCGUUGUAUUAUGGAUGCUGAAAAAAAAUUUGCAACGAAGUGGAGCAAUUGCAGUUACGCUGCCUUCUGGAAAGCUGUUGUUAAAACAACCUGUAUGAUAGCUCCUCCCAAGCCAGAAAAAAUCUUCAGGCACAGGCGCUGUGGGAACACAGUGGUGGAAAUCGGAGAAGAGUGUGACUGUGGCACAGUGACUUCCUGUGAAGGAGAUCCCUGCUGUCAGGUAAACUGCACCAUGACCCCCGGCGCUGAGUGUGCUUCUGGACUCUGCUGCCACGAAUGCAAGCUCUUGCCAUCAGGCGCGUUGUGCAGAGAACAGGAGAACCAGUGUGACCUUCCAGAGUGGUGCAAUGGGACAUCCUCAUUCUGUCCCGAGGACGUGUACGUGCAGGAUGGGUUCCCUUGCUCAGACGGUGGCCACUGCCAUGAAAAGAGAUGCAACGACCGUGAGGAGCAGUGCAGGAAUAUUUUUGGCAAAGGGGCCAAGAGUGCAAAUCUCAAAUGCUAUUAUGAGAUGAACACUCGAGGGGACCGCUUUGGGCACUGUGGUUUCAAAGGUGAAACCUAUGUAAAAUGCAGUAGGGCGGAUGUGUUGUGUGGGAGGGUUCAGUGUGAUGCUGUGACUAAAAUCCCUCUUCUGAGCAAUCACACUACUGUGCACUGGACUCGAUUCAGUGGGGUUAAUUGCUGGAGUACAGACUACCAUUUUGGGAUGACCACUCCUGAUAUUGGGGAGGUGAAAGACGGAACAGUGUGUGGUGUGGACCGCAUCUGCGUCAAGAGAAAGUGUGUCCCAGGGACGGUGUGGAAUAGUUACUGUUCACGGGAGACCUGCAACUUCAAUGGUGUCUGUAACAAUAGACAUAACUGCCACUGUGACCCUGACUGGAAACACCCCUUCUGUGUGACCAAAGGAAAUGGAGGAAGUGUUGACAGUGGCCCGGCACCUUCGAAAACUAAAAGUAAACCUCCCGGAAUUGGUGCAUACUUUACAGUCUUUUGGAUAUUACACUUGUUAUUGUUAUUAAUAGCUGCGGUCGUUUUGAUUUACAAACACUAUGCCAGUGAGCAUCAUAACCCAGUGCAACGUACAAGCACUUCACAGAAAUUUUUCCAGAUGCCUUACUCUGUGUUUCAGACACUGGCCCCUAUAAAUCAAAUGACUUCCUCCCUUGUUGUCCUCAGCACCUGUUUCGGAGGCCUCAGGGGAGUCAUACAGACCAAUGACAUCAUUUAUGAAAUUGAGCCCAAGGAACAUUCUACCACAUUUGAACACUUGAGCGGCUAUGAAGGGUGGUGGACCCACGAGCAGAUCGUGGAGGUGGCCGUGGUGGUAGACCACAAUCGCUAUCUUCAUAAGGGGAGCAAUGUCUCAAAUGUGUACACAGAAGUGUGCCUUAUAAUGAAUUUCAUGAGCGGCUAUUUCAUAUCAAUGGAACUUGAAAUAAUUUUAAUCGGCAUUGAAAUCUGGACAGAGUCCAACCUCCUUCCGGUGGAUCUUAUUGACGAUUUGUUGGUACAAUUUUGCGAUUGGAAGAAAAGUGGCUUUGAUGCCCGCUUGCCACAUGAUGUUGUACAUGUGUUUGUAAAUAAAAAUUAUAAGCCUGUUCUUGGAAAAGCAUAUGUAGCAACAGUGUGUAUCUCUAGACGUAAUUGUGGAGUUAUUAGUGUCACAUCAGACGACCUGCAUGAUAAUGCAUAUAUUAUGGCACACGAGCUUGGCCAUAACUUAGGAAUGUCCCACGAUAAACCACUGUGUACCUGUGGGGCAAAGCACUGCAUUAUGUACCCUAGCAAAGUGGUAGCAGCUAAGUUUAGCAACUGCAGUUACGCUGCCUUCUGGAGGACUGUUAUGAGAACAACCUGUCUGAGGUCUCCUCCCCAGCCAGACAGAGUCUUCAGGCACAGGCGCUGUGGGAACAGUGUGGUGGACUACGGAGAAGAGUGUGACUGUGGCUCAGUGAAGUCCUGUGAAGAAGAUCCCUGCUGUCAGGCAGACUGCACCCUGACCCCCGGCACUGAGUGUGCUUCUGGACUCUGCUGCCACGAAUGCAAACUCUUGCCAUCGGGCGCAUUGUGCAGAGAACCAGAAAACGAAUGUGACCUUCCCGAGUGGUGCAACGGGACAUCCUCGCUCUGUCCCGAGGACGUGUACGUGCAGGGCGGGGUCCCUUGCUCAGACGGUGGCCACUGCUAUGAAAAGAGAUGCAACAACCGUGAGGUGCAGUGCAGGAACAUUUUUGGUAAAGAGGCCAAGAGUGCAAAUCACAGAUGCUAUCGUGAGAUGAACACCCGAGGGGACCGCUUUGGGCACUGUGGUUUCCAAGGUGAUACCUAUGUAAAAUGCGAUAUGGCGGAUGUCCUGUGUGGGAGGGUUCAGUGUGACAUUGUGACAGAGAUUCCUGUUCUGAGCGAUCACACCACAGUGCACUGGACACACUUUAAUGGGGUGUCCUGCUGGAGUACAGACUACCAUUUUGGGGUGACCACUCCCGACAUCGGGGAGGUCAAAGACGGAACAGUGUGUGGUGUGGACAGCCUCUGCAUCCAGAGGAAGUGUGUCCCUGCGUCAGUGCUGAACAGUUACUGUUCACGGGAGACCUGUAACUUCAAUGGUGUCUGUAACAAUAGACAUAACUGCCAUUGUGUCCCCAUGUGGGAACCCCCAUUCUGUGUAAAAAGAGGACGUGGCGGUAGUGUUGACAGUGGCCCUGCACCUCCGAGAAAUGAAACUGAACAGCAGGAAAGUCCUGCAUACCUUACCCUACUCUGGGUAUUACACUUGUUAUUAUUAUUAAUAGCUACGGUCAUUCUAACUUGGCUAAAACGUGAAAGAAAGUCAGAGGACAGUACAAAGGAAACACUAUUCACGGAAGCAUGA